AUGAUUUUCGAGUGCCAAUCGUCGAUCCGUCGAGUCGCGAUCUCCGAUCCGUCUGGUCGAUUCGACGGCCGAUCACCGACCCGUCGAAUCGCGAUCGCCCAUCCGUCUAAUCGACUUGACGGCCGAUCACCGACCCGCCGAAUCGCGAUCACUGAUAAGUCGAAUCGAUUCGACGGCCAAUCGCCGACCCGUCGAAUGACGAUCGCUGAUUCGUCGAAUCGAUUCGACGGUUGUAAAUCAUAUUUUGCUUAUUCCUACCUUUUGUUAUUUAUCAGGAGAGAAGGAAAUAUGUAA